CGCGCGAGGCAUUGUGGGAGUUCGCCGCCAGCCCGUCGAGCCGUUCCCGUUGGCCCCGCGGGCGAGAGCGGAGGCAGCGGCAGCGGGGCCGCCGCCGGCCCACGGGAGACAUCUUGCCGCCGGAGGCCGCGCCAGGGCUAUUCCAGACCCAAUACAGACAAAAUGUCCAGCAGGGGUGGAAAGAAGAAGUCAACCAAGACUUCCCGCUCUGCAAAGGCUGGGGUCAUAUUCCCUGUUGGAAGAAUGCUACGUUACAUUAAGAAAGGCCACCCGAAGUACAGAAUUGGUGUUGGUGCUCCAGUGUACAUGGCUGCUGUACUGGAAUAUCUGACUGCGGAAAUUCUUGAAUUGGCUGGAAAUGCAGCAAGGGACAACAAGAAGGGUCGAGUCACUCCUAGACACAUCCUGUUGGCUGUAGCAAAUGAUGAAGAAUUAAAUCAGCUAUUGAAAGGGGUCACCAUAGCCAGUGGUGGAGUGUUACCCAAUAUUCACCCAGAGCUGUUGGCAAAGAAGCGGGGAUCAAAAGGAAAACUGGAAGCCAUCAUCACUCCACCUCCAGCAAAGAAGGCAAAGUCUCCGUCACAGAAAAAAACUGUAUCAAAGAAAACUGGCAGCAAGAAAGGGGCAAGGAAAUCCAAGAAGAAGCAGGGAGAAGUGAGCAAAUCAGCCAGUGCUGACAGUACAACAGAGGGAACUCCUGCAGAUGGUUUCACAGUCCUGUCCACCAAAAGUCUGUUUCUUGGGCAGAAGCUGAACCUUAUUCACAGUGAAAUCAGUAAUUUAGCCGGCUUCGAGGUGGAGGCCAUUAUCAAUCCUACCAAUGCUGACAUUGACCUUAAAGAUGACCUAGGGAGCACUUUGGAAAAGAAAGGCGGCAAGGAGUUUGUGGAAGCUGUCAUUGAGCUUCGCAAAAAGAACGGGCCGUUGGACGUAGCUGGAGCUGUUGUCAGUGCUGGCCAUGGAUUGCCUGCGAAAUAUGUGAUCCACUGUAACAGCCCGGGUUGGGGAUCAGACAAGUGCGAGGAGCUGCUGGAAAAGACGGUGAAGAACUGCUUGGCUCUGGCUGAUGAAAAGAAGCUGAAAUCAAUCGCGUUUCCUUCAAUUGGCAGUGGCAGAAACGGCUUCCCAAAACAAACAGCUGCUCAGCUGAUCCUGAAAGCCAUCUCCAGCUAUUUUGUGUCAACAAUGUCCUCUUCAAUCAAGACGGUGUACUUUGUGCUCUUUGACAGCGAGAGUAUAGGGAUAUACGUGCAGGAAAUGGCCAAACUAGAUGCCAACUAAGCCUAGAAAGCUACAGUACCAGCCCCCUCUUCUACCCCUUGUCCUCCCCAAAUCCUUAACUCAUUGUGAAGCAGAGCAUCCCUUAUUUUAAAUUUUGCUCAUCGAGGGGAAUAAAGGUGGGGGUUUUGUUGGUUUUUUUGUUUUGUUUUUGUUUUGUUUUUACUUUCUAAAAUGUUUUAUGUUGGCACUGAUAGUUGGCAUUACUGCUGUUAAUGCACUGUAUACCAGGCAUCGUCUGAACUUAGUGUAAACUAGGAGAUUUUAUAGUUUUAUUUUAAUGAAGUAUCGAUCGAAGCAGAAAGCUAUUAGGAGUAUGUAGUCUUUUACUUGUGAAAGAAACAGGCCAACCCUAUUUUGUAACUGUGUUGUGGUGCUUUAUCAAUACAUUGAGUGGCGUUCCUUUCAUUUUUUAAAAGAACAGAUCCUAUAAACCUAAUUUGUGUUUGUUUAUUGUCUUAAUGAUAAAUCUGGAAGAAAAAAAUACAGAAACCCUGUUGUCCUUAAUUAUAUUUACAAUUUUGAAACUGUGUGAAUUGAUUUAGUAAAAUGUUUGAACUGUU